AUGCCGGGAAAGAGACCAGUCGACGUUAAAGAGGAUGACAGUAAUAAGAAGUUAAACACAGUUUACAAUAAAGAGGAUAUUCAUUCUUUUUUCAAUUCCCAAGUUUGGAAUGAUCAAUUCCAAGAUGACAUAAAAAAUGAGGUAAAAGAUAGUCAACCGUUCCGUUGGGGAACGAUCAAGGAGCUUAUAGAUGAUACAUUAUUAAGACAAGUACGCAAAGAGGUUUUGAGCGAAAUUGCCUUUACGAAAAAAGAGACGGAUAUAUAUAGAGUGUACCAGUCUGGAGAUUUAGCAAAUUUAUCUGGAUUAGAUUGGGAUGAUUUAUCAAGAUUACCAUCAUUAUACAAAUUACGUUCUGCGAUUUAUUCAGAAGAGUUUCGUGAUGUUAUCUCUAAGAUAACCGGGUGUGGCCAACUAAGCGGCAGUAAGACAGAUAUGUCGAUAAACACUUAUACAAAAGGAUGCCAUUUGUUAACGCAUGAUGAUGUUAUCGGAUCAAGAAGAGUCAGUUUUAUUCUUUAUUUACCGGAUCCAGACAAAACCUGGAAGUCCCAUUAUGGUGGAGGAUUGAGGCUAUUCCCUGCAAUCGUGCCUAACGUUCCAAAAACAGACUACGAUGUCAAGUUAACUCCACAAUUUAAUCAAAUGGCAUUUUUCACGGUGCAACCAGGUUUAUCAUUCCAUGAUGUAGAGGAGGUGAGAGUCGACAAGCAAAGAUUGUCUAUUCAAGGGUGGUUUCAUAUCCCGCAGCCUGGCGAAGCAGGCUAUAUACCAGGAGAACAAGAAGAAACAACAUCUAGGAGUACCUUGCAGCAAUUACAGAGUAAAGAGUUACAAGAAUUUGAUUUUCCUAAACCGUUCAGGAGCGAUAUACAUGCGGAGGAAUUAAAGUUGUAUGAAAACUUUUCAUCAGGUAACUUUUCCGAAAAUGAAAUACAAUAUUUAACAGAAUAUUUGAACCCUCUAUAUUUGCAGGAUCAAAAUCUUCAAAGGUUGAAUGAAAUUUUUCUUGAAGAAUCAGUAGUAGAAAUUAAGGAUAUUUUGAAAGAAGAAUUUGCUAACUUAUUAAAGGAAUCUAUCAAGACCACUGAAUUAGAGAAAAAAACUCCUGCUAACUCGAAAGAGAUCACCUUUCCAUGGAAGUGCUCCAUGCCGCCACACAAACAGCGCUUUAUGUACAUGGAUGGGAGGGAUGUUUUUGAGCAAUCAGAAGAAGGCAUUAAGAAAAUCAAUAAAAUAGGACCUCAAGAAGCACCAAAUUUCGAACUAAUUAAUCGAACUUCACAUGACGAAGUUGACAAGAAAUUAAGUGAUCUUGGUUCAUUUUUAAGGUCCGUGGCAUUUAGAAAGUGGCUCGUGGUCAUUACUAGUGUUAUACCUACCAGCGAUCAGGUAUUGAUAAGACGCUUCAGACCUGGUCAAGAUUUCAUUUUAGCCACAAAAACUGACAAACUGUUAGCCAGACCUAAUUCAGACGAGUUGAAUGUGUUACUUGAAGCUACAUUGAACUUAACUCCUACUGCCACAAAUCCAAAGAAUUGGGAACUGGGUGAAUACGGAGGCUACGAAUUGUGCAUGGCAUUAAAUGGAGGUGAUGAAAGCGAUUUCGAAGACGACGAUCCGGCCAUCUACAAGGCUAACGAUCCGAAUGACGAUAGUGUAUUGUACACGAGUCAAUGUAAAUGGAAUUCCCUAUGUUUAAUGCUAAGAGAUCCCUCCGUACUCAAAUUUGUGAAAUAUGUUAGUAUAAAUGCCAAGGGUUCCAGAUGGGACGUGAGUUGCCAAUGGAACGUUAAGGGUGUUGAAGGAGAAGAGGAAGAAGAAGAAGAAGAAGAAGAAGAAAAAGAAGAAGAUAAAUAA